UCCUCACCCCCACUUCCGGCCUCUCACUCGGACGGUCCCUUCUUCAUCUUCUUCUUCUGGCAUUUGUGCACAACCCUUUCAUUCUCUAUAUUCUCCCAGCGCUCGGCUGUGCAUGUUGUUUUCUCUUCAGACUAUUUUCACCACAUAGCAUCUCCCACCGCCAAUUACCACCACCAAUGUCCGUCGCAAGCUCUUCCGCCGAUCGCAAGAACCAUCUUGUCUGGGACCAACUCGAGUUGGGUGCAUACAAGCAGGCGCUCCAGCUAUGCAACCGGCGCAUUAAGAAAGGCGAAAAGAAUGAGAACCUCCUUGCUUUGAAAGCAUUUGUUCUCACGCAUAUCCACAGUCCUGCGACUACCGAAGAAGCUAUACAGAUUGCGCAGACCCUCGCCGAUAAAACCCCUCCAACACAGUCCGUUGAGGUGCUACGUCUGCUAGGUCGUGUGUGGUCGAACCUUGGUCCGAAGUAUGCCGACGAGGUCACAAAGCUCUGGGAGAAGGCCGUCAAGGCGCAACCCCACAACGAGGAGCUGGCACGAGAGUGGUUCUGGGGUACCGUGAAGACGCUGGAUUGGCGCGGAGCUCAAAAGGCGGCCAUGAACCUCCAGAAGACCUACACCAAGCGCAGGGAAUACUGGUUCUGGGCUGUGAUCUCCAGUCUGAUGUUGCAUAACUCACUCCCAGCCGAUUCCUCGGAACGCAAGCUCUUCGGCACACUCGCCUACCGCAUGAUCGCCAAAGCGCGCACCGACACUCCGGCCAACACCGCAAUCAUACCUCCGCGCGCGAUACAGACCAGCCAGGAGGUCAAUCUGCUACUUGAGCUUCUGCCGUAUGUUGCUCCCGGUGAUGCGGCCAAGGAAGCUCUGGAGGUGCUCAAUUCCGCCAAUCUUGGUGUCGAUUCGACAGUAGGGAGUGGUGAUUGGUGGGGUUUGGCAAGGAAAAGGCUGGAUCUUCUCGAGAAUACCAAGGAUUGGAGGACGUUGUUUGAGACUUGCAUUUCGCUGCUGCCGAAAGCGAAUGCCGUGGCUGAAGCCAAUGGGAACGGGGAAGAGGCAAACCCCGACGAUGAGAAGAAGGAUGAGACGAAGGAUGCGAAGCCGGAUGCUGUCCAGCAGGGACGAGGUGAUGAUUGGCGGGUUUGGGACGGAUUUGUGAUGGCUGCCGGAAAGCUUUACGACGACGGUGACAAGACCGUUGCCAAGGAGUCGUUGGAAAAGAUCCUGGAACACCGCAAAGCUCUCCCCACCGGUUCGCCGCGGCACGGUGAUCUGGCGCUGGUGAAGUUCUCUAGUCUCUUCCACGACAAGAAUGACGGGCCGGAAGGCACACCUACUCUGUUGGAGGCCGUCGAGGAGUAUUUUGUCAACACCUGUAGCAAGAGCUGCUGCUUUGAGGAUAUCCAGAAGUACCUCGAGAUGCUCGAGGACUCGGAGAAGAAAGAUUUCCUGAAAUAUGUCGAGGGAGCAGUAGAAAAACUCCCGGAGGAAAGUGAAAAACAGCGAAUUGACAGAGUAGCUUCUGCCAUCAACUUCCAGAAGUUCGUGUAUCUUCUCACCAUUUCAUCCCUCAACACUGCUUCGCCAACAACUACAAAAACCAUCACAACCUUCAUUACCGGGACCCUAAAGCUCUAUGCGUCUGCGCUUUCUCUCGGAAGCUCCCUACUGGUUACUGACAAUCAGUAUGGUGACGAUGCGGCGCUACUGGCCAUCAUGGGACUGAUCCGCCUUUACACCCUCUCUCCCAAGGAUCAAUCGCCCCUCUAUCAGUCAGUUCAAAUUCUGGAGACUCUGCUUCAAAAGUCAAAACACAACUAUCAAGCUCUCCUCCUCUUAGUACGGAUUUACCUCCUGCUCGGGGCCAUUGGUUCUGCGAUUGACGUCUACCCUCGGCUCAACAUCAAACAAAUCCAGCAUGACACACUCUCACAUUUCCUGCUAACGCGAAUCUCCACCCUCCUUCCUAACGAUGCCCGGACCCCCUCAUACCUACACCAUGCCCUCGGUAUCUACGAGUCCUCACGAACCCAAACUCCCAACAUGCUACAGCUCGCCUUCGAACGCGGAGGCUACGCACAGAUGAUGGGAUUCCUCGAGUUCUCAGAGCGUGUUGAAGGCAGUGUGUGCCGGACCAUGUGGGAGGUUGAACUCCGACGACUCGCCCGGAUUAUCCCGGGAUUGCCGAAUCAAGAUAUGUCCGCUGAAGUGGGCUACAAGGGUGCAGUCUGGGACAACCGCGACUUUGCCGUCAUAAUCGACUGCGAACUCGCCUCCGUUGGUCCGUAUGAGCGCGCUUUCCGAAUCGGCCCCACGCCGGCGGAGAACUGGGCCCGUGGCUUCGCGGCCGCUUCGGAGGUCUCGCAGUUCCUUGAGACGGUUGCGGCUGCUGGGAAGGAUUCGAAUGGUGCUGCUACGGCCAGCGAGAAGCCGACGCUUGCCACCGAUGUGGCUGGCCGCAUUGCCGCUGCACUAAAAGCCGGUGAACGAGAUGACGAGUUCACGGACGCGGAGAAGUCACAACUUCUCUUUGCCGGUGCCAUUGCCGAACUAGCUGGAGCCGCUGUCAAGAAGGACGGAGAGACAGUAUCGAAAGCGCUCGAGGGCAUCACCGCAGAGUUGUUUCCCAAGACCUUCGUCAGCCUCACGGACGAUGAGAUCCCAGACUGGAGGCAAUUGCACGCGCUAUGGAUGGGUCGUGAUUCGGCUGCCGUGGCUGAGAGCUUGGUUAAGUUUUUGAACGCAACCAAGAGCCUCAAGCCGGCUGUUCCCAAGCCUUCCAUCACUGCGCUGGCAGAGGCUGCCAAGAAGCGGAAGGCAGAGGUUUUGAAGCGGGCAAAGAGCGCGCUGAAGACUUUAGAAGACGAAGACGCGAUUCAGACGCUCGUCGAUGAUGUGCUCAAGGAGGAUGGUGUCGGCGGUGUCCUCAGGCGGCAGGAGGCGGUGUUUGGAGGCGUGGAGCAGGUGGCGGAUAACGUGAGGAAGACUCGGAAUGCGAUUGUAAGGUGUUAUGGGGAUUUCUAAUUCUGUGUUUCUAUUACCAUCUCGUUUCGUCCUCAGUUUUUUCUUUUAGGCCGGGUGUGGUGGGUGCAGAAAAGGGAGGGAUUGGAAAAAUGGUGUUUGGUGUUUCUUUUCCCCUUGUUCCUUUUCUUUCUGUUUUUUGGAUUGGUGUGAUGAUACCUCUACUGGGCAGAAUGAUGAUUUGUAGUGUUUGGGUAUGCCUAACUGCCUGUAUUCGAUGCUGUUUCCAUAAAUACGGCCCCUCAAUUGUUGCCGAAAGAAAAAUGGCUUUGUCGAAG